UUCAUGGUCUGGGAAUUUUGAAAACGACAAAAACAACAACACACAACACUUCGAGACUUUUAAAAAUGAAUGUUUUCUCGUUUUGAUGAUCCCCGUCUAAAGAUUCGCGUAUAAAGAGAAAACAACAUGUCCAACUUGAGUGAUUCAGUGUUUUCGAGGAGCCCGUUAUCUGUCAUAACAAAUAAGAACAUUACCGACGUUGCAAUCAAGCCGAACAUACCGAACAGGAAUGGAGAUCACAAAAACAUCGAACUUCGUGCGAACAUCUGCCAGGAAAAUGAGAAACCUUUCGGUCAUACAGACGGUGAAGAAGAAGAUGAUGAGGAGGUUUUCUUCGGUAUCGUCACAACCAAAGAGAAAUCCAAGAUGGUCAAGCUUCGGCGCAAAACACAACUCUUCGUUUCUAACUUCCGAGACAUGCUGUCAGAGGGUUCGGAUGAGAGUAUCGGAUCCUCUACUGGAUCAGAAGAGCGGUCUCCGACAUCUCGGUCAACUUGUCAAGGAAUCUCAUCGUCUCUCAAUGCACAAGCCAACAACCCAGCAAACCACCCAGCCAAUCACGCCGCCCUGAAGAUCCAGAGAUGGUUCCGUCACUCGCGUCAAGAGCGAGUGUUUAAAGAGGCCAUGAGUGAGAUUCAAAUACUGGAUGACAGAACAGAUGAUAUCUUGCAGAAAAUCCGCAAAGAAGAAGAGAGAAUAAGAGUCUGCAACACGCCCACAGACAGCCCUGCUGGACACUCAGGAGCAAAAAGGUUUGAUGCUAGAGGGAGUCCAGCCCUGGUCAUAAUUCCUAUCCACACACCUUCCCUCGUUGAAACAUCACCCCAACAAGCUCUCCAGGACACUCCAUCACUCGGUCCAAGUCAGCUCCAGUUUGGUUCCCCCACCCGGGACGGCACGAGAGACACUGAUAUUGUCUUUGAUGCCACAGAAGAAGACACCAAUGUGGUGUCUGUAGCUAGACCUGGAUUUGCAUCCGUUGAAGACGCCACGCUUACUCCGAUUCUAUUCAACAAGUCAACCCUGAGGGCGUUCUCCACUGCUGAAAUAACGCACACAAGUCCACAGUUUAUUUAUAAAACAACUUCAGCACAAAGAGUCCACGCUCAUACUCCGUCUAUGUUAGAUCAAACAAAUCUAAGCAAAAUCGAUUCAACCGGCACGACAAGUCUAAAUUCUUCUCUGAGUUUUGUCCAGUCGGGUUCCAGUUUAUACAAGACGUCAACAGUUUCUAGUAUGAGUGUUCCAUACCAGGCUCGUACAAGAGUAGUGGCAGCGUUUGGAGGCAGCCCAAUCCCUUCAAAACCUUACUCCCUUAGUUAUACCCCAUUAACCCCUCACUGCACUACAAUCAACAGUUUCGGCGAUGCCGGCAAAUUGACAUUAUCAACCAAGAGAACCCAAAGCAGUCAUUUACCACAUUUCAACCUGACAGGUACCCCAUCUCCUUUUGCUUCAGCCUACCAUCAGGGAAUACAGAGUCCUACUGUGUUCUCAAGCCCCAGACUGUUUCCAUUGACCGUACAGGCUGUGCAGUCCAUGCAGCCUCUUCCAUCAGCCGUUCUCUUCUCCCCUCACAAGAUCCCUCAGCAAAACUCUCUAAAAUCGGAAAGCUGCCACGGACAUCAAGAGGAACUUGUAGGAACACCGAAGAGGUCAUUCCUUAAAGAUGAUGGCUUAGUCUCAGACGUAGUCUCACCUGGUUUGGAUGUAAAUAAUUCCUUUGGGCCAGAGCCUGGUUCUUGUCCUCAUCCCAGCGGUGCGUCAAACACCCUCUCCAGAAUCACACAGAAAUUACCGAUGUCACCAAACGUAAGUGUGAGAAAGUUUGCCCAAAAGAUUGCCAUCAUUACACCUCGGUCAAAAGAGAAACCUAGGGAUGAGCGUUUAGAGACGACGCCAGGGAAGGAUCUGACUCUCCAGAAUGCAUCACAGCAGCCUGUCAGCAAUCAGUUUUUCCCGUCUCCGGUUGUCAUGGUUAGAGAUUUACCGACCAUGAUUGCAUCAUCACCUAGACCAAACCGAGCACCAGCUUCAGAGAACUCCGAGAGUGACGACUUUUUGAGAGGACCACAUGAUGGUGUGCCAUCACCGGUUGUGGCCCCCAGAAGUAAUGACACCUGUCUCAGCCGAGCAAAAACUUCGGAGAACUCUGAGAGAGACAGCCCCUUGAGAGCACCACAUGGAGGUGUGACAUCACCGGCAGUGGGCCCCAGAAGUAAUGACACGGGACGACGCAAGCUGGAGCUACUGCUGCAGAAGAAAGCAGAGUUGGCCAGAAUACGAGCGCAGAAGGCUGAAAUCCAACAGAGACUUGCAAGAGAGAAUGAGUUGUGUUUUACAAUGAAGCAAGAGAUUCAAGGAGCAUUACGGAGUAACACAUUACAGACCAACAUUCCUAUCCAUCUGUUGAGCAUCGGUUGCCAAGGCAUGUCAUCACUAACCCUGACAGAGCAGGAGUUGGACGUUGUGACUCGUUUACAUACCAUCAGGAAUAGCAAUAAGGAAGAUAUAUCCAGCAUCCCUCCCCCUGUGGCAUCAGUAGCAUCUAAUAAAGGAUCUCUCCACUUGCGAUGGCACUCAAGUCUGGUAACCGAGGUUCAUCAGUUGUCAAGUCCAAGUCUGCCUCGUAGAGUCGCCAAACCAAUCCUUGCCAAGCCUGUCAGCAAAGCAAGACGAGUGGCAGUACUGAAGACAGAGAGCCCUGCUCAGAGAUUACGAACAAGACAAGUUGGUUCACCAAAAUCAUCCAGCCUGACACGAACCCCAAGAGAAAAAUUGGCAUUCUAAAGAAACAAUUACACAAAAUAAUAGACAUUUGUGGUGUUGUGCUUGUACAACAAUAACAUGAUGAUAAGUCCUCUAAAUUUCAUCUUCCUUCAAAUUCAACUGUUGGAUUUAUUGUGUACGUUUGUGACUAAUGAAUCGCUGAAUGUAAAGGUUGUUAAAGCCAAAUCACACUGCAGCGAUAAAUGAUAAAGAAAACGGCGCAAAGAGAACGCAUGG